AGAAAUGACCACAGAUAUCACAUUUCUGCAGGUUGGCAGACGUUUUGUUGUAGCAAUGAAAUGCUCGCGUGGUUAAUGUUCGGUGGAUAUAUUCCGAUUGGAUUUAUGGCCCAUCCGCAUUUGUCAAGGAAGCGCGAACGGCACGAUUCAGUGACGGCUCGGUGUUGGCAAUCAAUCACCAGCCUCUCCUUCGAACUUUUCCACUUUCUCUAGCUAGGUUGUUAAUCUAUGUAGCAAACAUUUCUAGCUUUUCGCUUAAUAAUGCAGGUAUGCAUUUAAGUAGCUAGAUCGUUUUGUAGCAUGCUUGAAAAUGCAUCUUGCUGAGUAAUCGACCAUGUUUUGGUUUGAUUGUUAGCUAGCUAACAUGAUACGUGUUAUUUAUCGAGCUAGCCUAGCAGAAGCAGGGAUUUGACUGCUUACCCUGUCCCGUCAGCUUGCUAGCUGUCUUUCUAGUGCGCUUGGCGUUCCAUAGAACACAUUGGGAAUAAUGAGCACCAACAUGUAUGCAAGUCGCAAGAGGAAAAAGCCCCAGAGAAGUGUGAAGCCACCUCCAGAAGGAGCCAAAUCAAACCCUUCCAAGAGGCACCGGGAACGCCUGAAUGGGGAGUUGGACAGGCUGGCCAGUCUGCUUCCUUACCCCCAGGAUGUCAUCUCCAAGCUGGACAAAUUGACCAUCCUAAGGCUUUGUGUCAGCUACCUGCGUGCCAAGAGCUUUUUCAAUGUGACCCUAAAAUCCACAGCCUCCCAGCGCCCAGAGAGUAAUGUUCUGAAGAAGCAAGGCUCUGAACUUCAAGUUCCAGAGGGAGAGCUGUUACUACAGGUGUUGAAUGGCUUUGCUCUGGUCGUCACGGCUGGUGGCACAAUCUUCUAUGCAUCCUCCACCAUCCAGGACUACCUGGGCUUUCACCAGUCGGACGUCGUCCAUCAGAGUGUUUAUGACGUCAUCCAUACGGAGGACCGAGCAGAGUUACAGAGACAGCUCCACUGGGCCCUCAACCCCACCCUCACCACUGACACUGGACAGCUGGUCUCAGAUUCAGCCUCGCCACAGGCUGUCACAGUCUACAACCCAGAGGCACUCCCACCAGAGAAUUCCACCUUCCUGGAACGCAACUUUGUCUGCAGGUUAAGAUGUCUCCUGGACAACUCCACUGGCUUCCUAGCCCUGAACAUCCAGGGGCGUCUAAAGUUCCUCCAUGGCCAGAGCGAGAGGACCAAGGAGGGCAAGGCCAUCCCCCCUCAGCUGGCGCUGUUCGCUCUGGCCUCGCCCCUACAGACCCCCACCAUCCUGGAGAUCCGCACCAAGAACUUCAUCUUCAAGACCAAGCACAAGCUGGACUUCACCCCCACUGCCUGCGACGCCAAAGGGAAGAUAGUGCUGGGCUACACUGAGGCAGAGCUCUGCAACCGUGGCUCAGGAUACCAGUUCAUCCAUGCUGCUGACAUGCUGCACUGCGCUGAGAACCACAUGAGGAUGAUAAAGACAGGAGAGAGUGGGAUGACAGUGUUCAGGCUGCUGACCAAGCUGACAGGCUGGGUGUGGGUGCAGGCUAAUGCCAGACUGGUCUACAAGAACGGACGGCCUGAGUGUAUCAUCGCAUCCCAAAGAGUCCUCACGGAUGAAGAGGGAGAGGACACCCUAAGGAAGCGGAGCCUCCAGUUACCUUUCAGUUACACCACUGGGGAGGCCCUUCUCUACGACACCAGCUUCCCCAAGACCCUGGUAACAGGGGACUCCUUAGCAGGCGACACCACCUGCCCUACAGAAAAUACCACCAACAACAACCAGGACGUAACCCUGGACCCUGACUCACUGCUGGGCUCUCUGCUGAAACAGGAGAAGUCCAUCUACUACUGCUCCCCUCAGACUCAGAACCAGCACCAACUCCAGGAGGAGGUGGCAGGGCUUCCACAGGAGGAGUGUGAGGGCAUCUUCUCCAGCAGCCACACACAGGAGGGCAGCAUCCCCUCUCUGUCGGAGACUGUCCUCUUCAAGCAGGAGCCCUUGGGGGUGGGGGGUGGAGGGGGGAUCGAUGGCUUCUCAUCAGAGGACAGAGACAGGGAUUUGUGGAGCUUCAUGAGGAACCUGGGCAACAGUAGGGAGGACCUGGAGCUGUUCCAGCAGGAUGAGAUGUUCCUCGAUGUGGAUCUGGACGCUGGCCGAGACGGCCUCCUCCCUGACCUGACAGACGAGAUUCUCUCCUACGUACAGGAGUCUCUGAGGAAGAGGUCGGACUGGGAUCAGACUGUAUUCUCCUGCAGGGGGGCUAAGUUAGGGGAUCAGGACUAUAGCUGCCCAACCACGCUGUUACAUCAACCAUCUAUGGAACAACCACUAGCCACGCAUCCACAUUCUACUACAGUUCUGUUACACCAACCAUCUAUGGAACAACCACUGACCCCACAUCCACAUUCUACUACAGUUCUGUUACACCAACCAUCUGUGAAACAACCACUGACCCCACAUCCACAUUCUACUACAGUUCUGUUACACCAACCAUCUAUGGAACAACCACUGACCCCACAUCCACAUUCUACUACAGUUCUGUUACACCAACCAUCUAUGGAACAACCACUGACCCCACAUCCACAUUCUACUACAGUUCCUCAGUGGCCACCCCAGCUGCCUGUAGUCCAUCCUCUAUCAGUUCACCACUAUCAGCCUCCACCCCACCCACAGCAGCCAAUACCACAGCAGUGUUUACACACACAGCCCCGCCCACAGGAAGCAUUGCAGGCAACACAGCAGCAGCACCGGCUGUCCCAACCUCCACAGCGGCAGCAACAGAGCCAUCUAAAUGGACAGGUAUUGCCAAACCAACAGCGGCAAAACAACCAGCUAUAUUCACAGUCACAGCCCUUCCAUCCACAGCAGCGACAGCAACAACUGUGUAACAGACUGAAGCACAUGCAGGUGGAUGGGACUGGGACGGGUUCAAUGACAGAAAGACAAAAAGACAUCACCAAGCAGCAGCAGCAGAUUCCUCCGUUGUUCAACGUGGAGCAGCCAGGGGGGCUCCAGACUCACCACAGCCACCCCCAACAUGGGCACCUCUGCCUGGGGGAAGCUUCCCUGGGCCUGGGCCUCCACUACAUGAACCAGCUGAACAUUGUGUCGGUUAGCCGCUCCCCGGAGCUCUCCUCCUAUGUACCCACCACGGGCCUCCAGAGCCAGAGGGUGGACGGAGAGCUCCUGCCCCAGGAUUUGGAGGAGUUGCUGGGCAGCCUGGAGUCCACUGGUCCCCGGGGGAUAGAAGAUGGUAGGGGAGCGCACCAGUGGAGUGUGGUGGAGGCCCUGGGUGUGUUUCAGCAGCAGGGGCACCUCCCUGACGGCCAAGCCCAGUCUCAGGCCACCAGCACGGGCUGUGCUCAGCACGCCUAUCCCCUGGCUGUGGGGUUCAGCCGGGUCAACAGAGCAGAGCGGCCAUUCACCGCACAGUUCCAGAACGGGAGCCUGAAGGAGGCUGGCCCAGACCCUGGCCCUGUACCCAACCCUGGGUCCUCUAGGGGGGCAGACCCUGGCCCUGUACCCAACCCUGGGUCCUCUAGGGGGGCAGACCGUGGACAUUCAGCAGCAGCGGGGCAGCCAACGCACCAGCCUCCCCCUCCCUCCGCUGAGAGCAGGCCCUACCCUGACCUCCUUCUGAGGGGAUUCAUGUGAGACUGAAGGCCCUCCUCCCUACUAGUGCACUAUAUAGAGGAUAGGGUACAAUUUGGGAUUCAAUCUUAAACAGGAGCCAGGGAAUGUCUGGGAGUAUGGAGGACUUGGACUGGAGAGGUGUGCCUCACUUCGUAGAGCAUGACACAUGCAACGCCAGGGUUGUGGGUUCGAUUCCUACGGGGGACCAGUAUGAAAAUGUACUGCUGUAAAUCGCUCUGGAU